AUACCCACCUCCCGCAAAACCCCUCUUUCUACAUCCUCCCACCGUUGUCUGUUUUUCUUUCAUCUCGCGCCACCAUCUACCUCCCUCUGCCCUCUUCGCCUCCUAUCGGCUAAUCCCCUACGUCACGCUACAUACGUUCCUGAGCUUUCACGGGGAGCUCCUCACCACCUGCCACAAUGGUACAGAACCUCAAGACCAUGACGCCGCAACCGCGGUCGUACAAGUCGCCGCCCUUCUCCGUCGAAGUCGCCGGCUGCGAGAAGGUCGAGGGCGAGACGAUCCCGCGCCGUAACGUGCGCACCAAGGAUGCUCUCAAAAUGCGCCCGCACGAAGACAUUGCGACCAUCUACGACGUCCUCAAGUACGCCUCUGCCAAGUUCGGCAAUGCAAAGGCCGUCGGCACCCGCAAGCUCGUCCAGAUGCACCACGAGACGAAGAAGAUCAAGAAGAUGGUCGAUGGCAAGGAGCAGGAGGUCGACAAGAAGUGGUCCUACUUCGAGCUGAGCCCCUACAACUACCUAAGCUUCGUCGAGUACGAGAAGCUGGCGCUACAGAUCGGAUGCGGUUUCAGGGCACUCGGCAUGCAGGCUCCAGACAGGGUGCACAUCUUUGCCGCCACGAGCGCCCACUGGCUUGCUACAGCUCACGGUGCGCUGUCCCAGUCAAUGCCGAUCGUUACCGCCUACGACACCCUCGGCGAGGAGGGUCUGAGGCACUCUCUUGAGCAGACCAAGGCGAAGGCCAUCUUCCUCGACCCGCAGCUUCUCACCAAGCUCAUCAACCCUCUGAAGACCGCCAAGGCCAUCGAGCAUGUUAUCUACAACAACACCUCCGAGGUUAAGGCAGCGGACAUUGACAGCCUCAAGGAGGCGCACCCUCACCUUAAUAUCAAGAGCUUCGAGGAGCUCAGAAGGCUGGGCGAGGACAGCCCGGUGGAUCCCACGCCUCCCGAUGCUGAGGACCUGUGCUGUAUCAUGUACACUUCCGGUUCCACCGGCACUCCCAAGGGCGUCUUGUUGAAGCACAAGAACGUUGUUGCUGCGAUCACUGGUGUUGAUGUUAUCGUUGGCCCCUACCUUGGUCCUGGCGAUGGUCUGCUCACCUAUCUUCCUCUUGCGCACAUUCUGGAAUUCGUCUUCGAGAACGCAGUCCUUUUCUGGGGUGGUACCAUGGGCUAUGGAAACGCCCGCACGCUGUCCGAUGCUAGCGUCCGUAACUGCAAGGGUGACAUUCAAGAGUUCCGUCCCACCGUUCUUGUCGGUGUGCCCGCCGUGUGGGAGACUAUCAAGAAGGGCAUCAUGGGCAAGAUCUCCAACGCCAACUUCCUUGUUCGCAACCUGUUCUGGGGUGCCAUGGCUGCCAAGGGUUUCAUGAUGUCGACCGGCUUCCCUGGUGCUGGUCUCCUUGAUACUAUUGUUUUCAACAAGAUUAGGGAGGCGACUGGUGGCAGGCUGCGGAUUCUGAUGAACGGCGGCGGUCCUGUCUCCCAGGACACCCAGAACUUCCUGUCUAUGGCUAUCACGCCAAUGAUCAGUGGGUAUGGUUUGACUGAGACGGCUGCCAUGGGUGCUCUGAUGGACCCGCUUGCCUACACCAACCAGGCGCUGGGUGAGAUUCCUGGCUGUAUCGAGAUCAAGCUCGUCGAUUUCGCCGAUGCUGGUUACUUCGCCAAGAACGACCCACCUCAAGGUGAGAUUUGGAUCCGCGGUGGCGGUGUUACCGAGGGUUACCUCGACCUUGAGGAGGAGACGCGGGAGAACUUCACCUCCGAUGGCUGGUUCAAGACGGGCGAUAUUGGUGAAUUCGAUGCCAAGGGUCAGCUCCGCAUCAUUGACCGCAAGAAGAACCUGGUCAAGACGCAGGCCGGAGAGUACAUUGCUCUUGAGAAGCUCGAGUCUAUCUACCGCUCCCACCCCGUCGUCGCCAACAUCUGCAUCUACGCCGCGCAGGACAAGCACAAGCCCAUCGCCAUUAUUGUGCCUGCCGAGGCCGCGCUUAAGAAGGUGGCCUCCGAGCAGGGCGUGCCGGGCGACCACCUGGAGCAGCUGGUCCACGAGCCCAAGCUCAACAAAGCCGUGCUGCAGCAGCUUCAAGCCGCCGGUCGCAAGGGUGGCCUUGCCUCGUUCGAAAUUAUCGACGGUGUUGUGCUCGCGGACGAGGAGUGGAACGCCCAAAACGGCCUUACGACUGCGGCGCAGAAGCUCAACCGCAGGGGCAUCCUGGACAAGUACAAGAAGGAGGUCGAGAAGGCGUAUGCGAACAGCUCGUAAGAUGGCCGUUGGCUUGCACAACGCGACACAACUUCUUAAAGCGGGCGGUAGGCGUGGAUGAUUCCCUAGGUUGUUCGAGCUUUCUCCUUUCUCUCUCCUCUUUCUUCUUUUCCCUUUUCCCUUUUCACUUUUUUUUUUUUUUUUUCUUUU